CCUGGAGACUUUCUCUUCAUCGACUUCAGAGACUUUACUGCUGAACUUCAAGUCAUUGGUUGUCUGGAUAGUCGAGACGUCGAUUCCUAUAUCUCCGAGUCCGAAGAUCUAAGGUUCGAGAGCUUCUCAGCACACCUUUUCUCGAAAAUCCAACAGGCGAGCAAGAUGGCCGUCCGCGAAGCCGAGACGAAACAAGAAGCCAUGCAGGCCACCUCAGAUCACAUCGACAGCACGGUUCCCGUCGGCGAAAAGGACUUCGUGUCUGAAAAAGACCUCAAUGGCGAUGAUCUGGGGAUGUCCGAGGAAGAGUACGCCGCCGUUGAGAAGAGUCUUACGAGGAAGCUCGACUUCACGUUGGUACCGGUUGUUUGGAUUCUCUAUCUCUUCAACUACCUCGACAGGAACAACAUUGCUCAAGCGCGACUGAGCACCUUUGAGAAGGAUCUCGGACUCACUGGCAACCAGUUCAACGUCGCUGUGUCUAUCUUGAAUAUUGGCUACAUGCUCAUGCAGCUACCAAGCAACAUGCUCCUUACUCGAACCCGACCGUCUCUCUACAUUCCCGCAUGGACAGCUCUCUGGUCAAUUGUCUCCGCCGCUACAGCAGGAGCAGGGAACUAUACACAUCUUCUUGUCAUUCGAUUUUUUUUGGGAAUUGCGGAGGCACCCUUCUUUCCGGGUGCCAUGUACCUUCUGAGUUGUUGGUAUCCUCGAAAAGAGCUUGCAUUCCGCACCGCUAUUCUAUACUCUGGCGUUCUCCUUGCGACGGCAUUCUCAGGACUCAUCGCAGCCGGCGUUCUCUCAGGGCUUGAGGGAGCUCGGGGUAUCGCCGGAUGGCAGUGGCUCUUCAUAAUUGAGGGUGCAGGCAGUUUCGCCGCGGCCAUCCUCGGGGCUAUGCUUCUCCCGGAUUUCCCGGGGCAGAAGUCGGGUGUUGCAAAGUGGCUGCUCACCAACAAGGAGCAAAAGGUUGCGGUUGAGCGUAUCCGAAGGGACAGAGUGUCGCUGCCAGAAGCAGACUCUAGUGUAUGGAACGGACUCAAGCUCGCUGUCAAGGAUGCUCGAACAUGGGUUUUCGUGGUCAUGCUCACGGCCAAUCACAGCGCCUACGGAUUCAACAACUUCUUUCCUACGAUUGUGAAGGGCUUCAAGCUCGGUAACAACACCCUGACCCUGAUCUUGACCGCACCGCCCUAUCUUCUCGCAACGGUCGUUGCCUUCUUGACGGCAUUCUCUUCCGAUCGUCGUAAGGAGCGGGGCUUCCAUAUCUCAGUGCCUCAGGGGGUUGCAUGCAUCGGCUUCAUCGUUUCAGUAUCGACCAUCAACAACGCCGCUCGCUAUGUUGCUGCUUUCCUUUACAUCUGCGGUUGUUUCUCGAGUAACGCAAUGGUGUUCAGCUGGGCUAGCUCCACCCUGAACCAGACGCCUGAGAAGAGGGCGUGUGCGACAGCUAUCAUUAACUUGCUCAGUCAGCUUGGCAACAUCUGGAGCCCCUACUUCUUUCCAUCGACAGAUAGUCCGAGAUAUGUCAUGGCAAACCUGCUUAUGAUGGCCUCGUCGGCGCUGAGUAUUGUCACUUGCGCCAUCAUGAAGGUCAUGUUGACUAGAGCGAACAAGAAGCUGAAGGCCGAGGGAAGGGACACAAAUUUGUUUACGCUCUAA